AUAUAAUAGCAUACGCGUGUUGUGAGUGCUCACACGCAAGUAAGGAUGGACCGCGUCGCGUGGUGCGCCGCCCUGCUGGCGCUGGCCGGCGCGCGCGUCUUCCGCAACUGCGAGCUUGCUAAGGAGCUGCAGGAGUACGGCGUCGAGCGCGACCACAUCGCCACCUGGGUCUGCAUCGCCUUCCACGAGUCCCGCCUCGACACAGCCGCACAGAACUACGGCAGCGGCGACCAUGGCAUCUUCCAAAUCAGCGAGCUGUUCUGGUGUGGGCCCGGCAAGGCGUGCGGUGUCCCCUGCUCCGCCUUCCGAGAUGACGACAUAAGAGACGACAUCAAGUGCUCCCUCCAGAUCCACGAGGAGCACACGCGACUGCAAGGGAACGGCUUCCUGGCCUGGGUGGUGUACCCGCAACAUUGCAAACAGAACACCAAAAAAUAUCUGGCCGAUUGUGAUGUCUCACCGAAAAAUGCCGCUCCAAAAAGCCUAUAUAAAACAAACAUCGUAGAUUUCUAUGAGAAAAAUGCAACAGCUGAACGCAAUCUCAGUGCAAAUAAUCGAAUAUUGCAAGAUAAUUAUUAUCGCAGUGCCCACAAGCCAUCGUUCUUAGCGAUCAGUGAUAUUUUUCAAGCUAACUUCAAAUACGAUUUUGAACACACAGACAAUCCCAAAACAUGGAUUGAUCAUAAAAUUAAAAAUGUCGAUGACUUAAAACUUCCUCAAUUUACGCGUCGCUUUAACAACGUCGGAAGUACAACAGCUAAGACAAAAACGUGGAUUGGUGAAAUAAAUAAAGUCGAUGAUUUAAAACUUCCUCCAUUCACGACGCGGUUUGGAAGCAUCGCUAGAUCACAACCCAACAGCGCGCCUGCCACCACAACGACUGCACGACCCAUUGUGCCCUGGAGGGUUAUCGAGAGCAACCAGUUCCGAAACAGAAUUCCACAAGAAGGAAAAUAUAUUGUGCGUUCUAGUUAUGACAAAAAGUUCGGAGUUUCUCGAUAUGAUGUCACGUCAAAGUUUCCGGAAGCGCCAAAAACUACUCAGAGUUUGGUUGCUACGACCACGUAUCGCUCACGUGAGUCCUUUCCAACGAGCGCGUCAUACCCACGGACCACGCGAACCCUGGCUUCGUACAGCUUCCCGAAAGCGCAAACAACAUUGAACCUUAAAGCGUCGUCCAUUCCGCCGCUUUCAAGAAAUGUAACUUUUAACCGCGUAUCAUUCCUAAGAGACUCAGUGCCAUCAAUGACGACCAGGUCCUUUCCUCGGGACUGGACCACAGCAGCGCCCACCACGAGGUCGCCUACCAGGAGAGCGUCGAGUUCAGAGCAAGCUCGGCCAACACAGUCUGUAUUCGACUUGUACCUGCACCCCACCACGCGGCCAACACUAGCUCCGUUCAAAUUUACCUCACUCAUAGAUAGUCCUUACAAAAUAAAAAUAUUUUCAGGCGGAACUACGACACAUGCUCCUUUAUUUUCGUCAUUUAAGGGUUAGAUUUUUAAGACAUUAAAAUAUUGAAAAACAUUUUUUUAUAGUUUAAUCUACAUCGAGUGAUCUACCUUUAAUGUAUAAUUUAUAUGCUUAUUUUGUUAUUACUGAUUUCACAUAGUACUCAAAUCAAAUCUCUGGGUACAACUUUUAGAGUGGGUUGCAAAUUAACUUGGGUACUGCCGUCGUUUAGACAAAUUGGCGUAUUGCGUUUUUCUGUGCAGGUUAAAGUUAACGUCAAGGUGACUGGUGCUUACACUUGCCGUAAAUAUGAGAAUUGUGAAGAAAUGAUUAUCUAAGAAACCUGUACAUGUUAAUAUAUACCUCAUGCGGAACGGUUAUUGGCUAACUGUCGCUGCAUUUCUUGAUUGUAUGUAUUUAUUUGUUGGCUUAGGCUCGUAUUUAAUAUGCUAAUACAUUUAUUAGUAAGCUUAUGGCGAGGUAUCAACUUUGUUCUUCAUGUUGUGUGACUCAGCGAUUAUAGUUGCAAAAUAUAAAUUAUAAUUACGAAUAAUCAUAACUAAUUCUUCAAAGAUGUCAGUGGAUCGGUACCCCGGGGUCCGAUAUUGUAAUCAUUGAUGUAUUUCCCAUCGACAGCGGUGUGUAAACAUGAGAUGAAAAAUCGUUAAUGUUCAAACCGGCAGUUUAAAAUACGUCUAAUAAAUACAAACUAAAUUUAUUGUUAAAAAUAGGUAAGGACAUUCUAUAUAAUUUUUCGAUCUCCGUCUGGUCACUUAGUACCUAUAAGUAUAACUUUGGUAUAAUUUGUUGGUAGUUGGUACUUCGUAUAGUGAGCCAAUAAGGCUCUAUUAAUAUAUUUGUUACACCUAGGUUUAGCUUUUUAAGUCAAUAAGGUUAAAAUCGUAUGCACUCAUAUAUUUAGGUACAGUAUUCAUGUCAAGUCUAAAAAACUAAUGUACAUGAAUUAACAUAGUAAUCACAAAUUUAUUUUUAACCAUCUGCCGAAAAUAAAACGAUACAAAUAAGUGUGAUCGAAGUGAACGAAGACCAAGUUUGUAUAUAUAUCUAUAAUGUCGCGGUUGCACACCGCAGCUGCAUUGCAUUGCGUUUACCGGCCAAGUGCCAGUCACUGUACGUGUUUGGAAUGACCCAACAACUAACUAAUAGAUAUGUUGAUUCGGGUACAUUAAGUAUAUUACACUCAUGGUUCGAAUGCAAUAUUAUUUUCUUUUGUUUUUAUAUUAUAUAGACUACAUAUAAACCUUACUCUCUCUCUGUCCACUUUCCUACUUUUUCUUCUCCACAUAAAUCUGACUAUGUGAAGACCUAUGACUACGACCUCUCGAACUAUGCUAUGAAAGUAUAUUGAAACAAAACAUACCUAUAAGAAGUAUAUGUGCUUAGAUAUUAGCACCGGUUCGCUAAGGUGUAUCCUGCUUAGCAUUCGCACGAAUAAAUUUGCAUUAACUAUAUGUAUUUAAUAAAAAUAAAUGGCUUUGAUUUGCUUUGAGACAGAUGUGCUUCCCGCCUCGGUCCUUAGAGUAGGUACCUACCUACCUAUACUGAGGUGCGCUACAUAGGUAAGUAUAAUGUCGGUUCCACACUAUCCGCGAACAGUUCGCCAAACAUUGGCAGAUUGAGUAUACAUUGCUAAUUUUUCAUAGGGCUAAAUAAAAGCACUAACUACGCAAUGCUCAUGUAUUCGCAUCGGUAUAUGUCCGAGUUCGGCGAUAGUGUGGGGCCUACAUAAAGCGUUCAUAGCUUUUUGGAAAAAUUUCAUCUUCCUACUUGGUAGGCAUAGUAAUAAUAAUACCAAAAGGUAAAUUAAACCGCAAACUAGUUUACACUUCACACGAGGACGCGUUCAUCACACAAAGUUUUUCUCAGAAACGCUUUGCCAAAAUCACAGAAAAGUUAUUAGAUAAUAAAUUAUGUAUGAGAAUCGAAGUUGUCAUAUAAAUCGUUGACUACAUCGUAGGUACGUCAUAUCACGAGUAAAACAUUUAAAACAAGAUCUAUUUUUUAAUUAACUAUUUUAUUAUGUUUAGCUGAUUAAAAUGCCAAUCUAAAA